AUUUUACUUUUAUAAUAAGUCAGUAGAUUCAUUUUUUAAAUUGUUGUUUGCUUGUUCGCUUUAUAUUCAAAAAUAUUUCUUAAUACUGUUAACUUUUAAAAUGGUUAAAUAUUUGGAAAACGAAGAACGACUUAAUGUCAUGUUUAAGCGUUAAAAUGACGCAGAUAAUUUUGACAACCUCUGGCUGUUUUUCAUCUUUCAGGAAAAUAUUGUUCACUUUGUUGAUGUCUAAUUCAUUCCGGACGACGACGUGAAUAAUCAUAUCACACUUACGUUUAUUUUUUGAAAUAUGAAAAAUUAUAUAGAAAAAAACAGUGCAUAAGUGCGCGGCAGAUUGGGAUAAAAUGGCGACAUACUCGGCAGGAAAUAAUUCAGUGGACCUGGCCAUUGAUCCUCUCAUCACAUGUCGCCUGUGUCUGAUGGAAUGCUCCCUACAGGAGAUGUACGAAUUACACGACUGUAAAUGUCUCUACUGUGAAAAGUGUGUGAAACAGUAUCUACAGGUGUUGAUCACUGAUGGGAGUAUUCUUACAAUCACCUGUCCAGAUGCCAAGUGUAAAAAACAGGGGAGGAUCGAAGCUGCAGAGAUUGAAUCUUUAGUGGAUGGUAAUAUGUAUGAAAGAUAUCGACGACUAAGACACCAAAGAGAGAUUGAGCUGGACCCCAAUCGAACGUUUUGCCCAGAGGCUGGAUGUGAAGCUAUCUGCCAUGUGUGUAGCACAUCAACAGGAGAAAGAUACAAUCCUACUCAAGUAGACUGUCCAGAGUGUGGCCUCCAGUUUUGUUCAGUGUGUAAGGCUAAGUGGCAUGGAGCCAUGACCUGUGAUGACCUGAUGUUCAGCGGAAGACAGGAGGAUGCUGGCAUCCCCUACAAUAGUCGAGAGGACGCUCUGAUCAAGCGAUGUCCGGUCUGCUGGGUUCCGAUCGAGCGGAACGAUGGUUGUGCCCAGAUGAUGUGUAAGCGCUGUAAGCACGUGUUCUGCUGGUACUGUUUGACUUCUCUAGAUCAUGACUUUUUGCUGAGGCAUUAUGAUAAGGGACCAUGUAAAAACAAACUUGGACACUCCAGAGCCUCUGUUAUUUGGCACAGAACACAGGUGGUGGGAAUCUUUGCUGGAUUUGGUGUGCUGCUCCUAGUUGCCUCCCCUUUCCUGCUUCUUGCAGCUCCGUGCAUUCUAUGCUGUAAAUGUAAGCUUUGUAAAUGCUGUGAAGAGGAGGACGAUGUCAUUGAUGUAGUGACAGCAUGAUGAUGUAAUAUCCUAACAGAGACCAAAGAAAAAAACUAAAAGUGGCUCUAGUCGGAUGUGCUAUACAACAUAUUUAUUCACCCCAAAUCAACGGGUAUUUUGUUAGAGAAUUCAGUGGUUUGAAAAUUCCAGGUAAAAUCAGUGAUUUUUAAUGAAGUUAAACACUCAUUUACCUUUAAAAAAAUUGUGUUUUUUCGUAUUUUCAAGUGAAUUGGAUAUACAGCGUAAAUUGUAUCUCGUAGUAGAUAUAUGUCUCAAAACACUUUAGCAUGUGAAACUAUACGCACAUGUAGCAGAUACAAGAUGAUGAUUAUGAAGCAUUCUCUUCCAUUUACACCAGCAGAUAUUGUUUCCUGAGUGUUUUUCAUCAGUAAUAUAAAUUAUUCAAAGUAUUUUGCCAAUCAGGGUAUGUUAUGUCAGGGUAUACAUAACUGCAAAUUUUGUCAGAAAUGUUAAUUGAAAAUCUAGUACCUUACUUCCUACUUACAGUUUUUUUCUAAGUGUUCCAAUUUAAUAUUUUGUUUAUGAAAUUGUUUGUUUAUGAAAUUAUUUUGUAAUUUUUUUAAAAAGUUGGUAUGAGUCAUAAAUUAAAUGAUUGAUAAUUGCACAAUAGGCAUGUGCAUUUUGUUACAUGUAUGUUUUAAAUUUCAAAAGAUUAAAUCAAGUUUUGCUAUAAUACAAUUCAAAACUCUUUUAAAGAUUUAUUGCCUGCAAUAUUUGGAUUUUCCUUUGUUUUUAUUUUUUUAUUGGUUGUUUAUUUUCUUAAAACUUUUAAGUACCUAUGAAAUGCAUAUUCUAUCCAUCAUUUACAAAUUUUAAACAGUAAAAUCUUGAUUUUACAUUGACUAAAUUUUUAGGUUUCUUGAAAGUUGUUUUUCAUGCAAAUUCAUUAGAACAAUUCAAUUAAGAAUUAAAUGAAAUCAUUAGGGAUCUUGUUUUUAUGAAAGGUUAUCAGUUAUCAACAUGCUCUUUUGUUUUACAAAUAUGCAUGCAGAACAUAUUGCUAUCGUUUUGCUAUAGAAAUUAGCUUUUAACAUAAGAAGCUACAUUAUAUGAUGUCAUGAGGCCUUGUUAAAAUUGUUUGAAAAUGAAAUUCCAAAUUUAAUUUCAAACCUAUUUUCAUCUUAACAUAGCUAAGUUAGCUGCGAUAGCUAAGAUUUUUUUUUUUCUUUUUUUUUAAUGCCUGUUUGUAGUUUUUAUUUGUUGGCUUAUUAUCUGUGAUAUGUCAUUUGAAUCUGUGUAAUGUACGUGUGCAAUGAACAAUUCGAAGUGUAGACAUGCAUAUAGAUACAUGCAUUGGUAUCUCUCUGCUUGUUCUUGUAAAUGUUUACUAUUUCCUUUAUUGUUGCUGACUCAUUGAUAUUUGUUGUGCAAUGUAUUGUUUUAUUUGUAAGUUGUGUUCUUAUAUUAACAUCAGCAAACAAUAUUUUCAGUUGUCCAUGCACAUUUGUUCCUUAAAAUGAGCUUACAUUUCUGUAAAGUUUUGGCCUCUUAAUAUAUUUUUAAAAAUAGCUUGAAAACUAUUCUAGAAUUUUUUUUUACCAAAAAUACAUGCAAUUGCUUUCUCCAAAUUAAGAAUAUACCGGUACAUGUAUUUGUGUGGCAUUCAUGCAAAUUUCCAUAAUUUAUGUAAUUUGUAUAUAGUAUUUAACACAGCCUAACUAUUCCUGAGAUAUCAAUUUUGCUGUUUAUGGCUGGCCAUUAUUAAAAAUUAAAGCAAACAUUUUUAAUCACAUUCUUGGAAAACAUUUUAUAUGAGGAACUUUCAAGUGAUUGAAACGUUGUGCAAUUCAAAUUAGUGUCCUAGACAACAAAGCUUAAAUCUUUGUAAUUAAGUGACUACAUCAUUAGUUGUUUAAUGAUAGUGGUACUGUAAGCAGCUAGACAUUCUAUGAUGGGUUGCAGUAUGACAUGUUUUGUUUUGUAUUUUGUCUGUGAUAUUGUCAAUUUUACAAGGAUAUUAUCCUAUGUACUUGCUGCAUGCCUCAUCAAAUGCAGGCUUCUGCUCUAGUCUUGCAUGUUUUGUUCAUUGUUGUAAACUCAUUAUUCUUUUUGUAAUGUUCACAUAUAACAGACUCGUAUUCAUAAACAGGGGUAAUCAUUGUUUUGCAAGGCAAAGAAAAAAAUCAUAAUUCUAUUACUUUUAUCUGUAUCUAUGUUAAAUAACUACACGUAUGCAUGUAUAUAUGUUCAUUUAUAUGUGCAUCAGACAUUUUGGUAUUGUAUGCUUUCUGUCUCAUUAAAUGUUCUUUGACUAUACUAGUGUAUAAGAGCGUUUUACAAAAAAAAUCUUACUGAGUGAAGCUCCCAAACAUCCACUUGAUUUCACAAAAGAAAAAAAAAUGUUGUAACCGUCGACUUUCAUUUUGACUCCUAGCUAUAUUAUUAUGGUGCAUCUUUGCAAGCCCAGUGGACCGAAAAAUCCUUGGAUAUCGAAGAUGGUUGUAGUAUUGACUGUUCAGAACAUAUAUUGCAUGAAGAUAGAACUACCGCUACCAGGAUAGUUGCAGUAUUUUUUCACAUUAAAACUACCGGGUAUAUGUAAACUCCUGCAGCUAAGUCCAUUGUGCAUUUUUUGCUUUGUCCUUCAUUACAGUGUAUUUAUAUCUGAAGAUCCUUUGUAUCAAAUACAUGACUUUCAAAUAUUUCUAAUGAAAUCUAUUCUCAAUGUGAAUUACGUAGCAUUAUGUUGAACCAGUUGCUUUGUUUUCUUUAAGAUUAAAUUAUUGAUGUAUUUAAUUUAUUAAAGCAGGCCUGGGGAUCUGACAUACUGAACAGAGUUUUUUAAAUGAUCUUUAAUAUCUGUAAUUAAUGGUAUUACUUCUCCAUAAAUGAAAAAGACCACAUGUGAUGUAGUUUCAUUCCAGAUUUGUUUUGUUCUGUGUGGGGUAUAUAUCUAAUAGUACCUGCAAGUGCUAGUUAAGGUGAAUGUUUUAUUGUGAUAUAUGUUUCUGGUCAUAAAAUACUGUUUAUUUGCUGUUGAGAAAUAAAUUAUUGUAAAUAUUAA